AUGGGUGCAUCGCGCUCGGGCAAUCUUCACAGAGGCGGAUCCCUCGACCCAGAGGAAUUUCAGAUUGUAAUGAGGAAGAUCAUGCCUGAGGUAAAAGAUCAGGGGUUGGUCAAACUCUUCAUGCAGAUUGACACCAACUGUGAUGGCACUGUUGACUGGGAUGAAUUUCUCAAUUUCCUUGUGCUGGAGCAAGUAGCAAAACAUGUCAUGCUGACCCAGAGCCGGACUCUGUACUUUCCAUGUCCACUCAAGAUCGUGGGGGCCUACUAUAAGAUAAUGGCUGGUCUCCAGUUUUGCCCUCACAUUUAUGGAAUGAAGAAAAAGGGUGCAGUAGAGCAGGGAAUGGCUGAUUCCACAGCUCUCAUGCGAGGCAACUACUUCUCCAUCAGCCAAGAUGGUGUCCUCAAAUACUGGACAGAUAAUUUUGAACUGAAUCACACAGCAAAUAUUAGUCUGCCCUGUCAAGCCUCUUCUCCACAAAAGAUCUUUGUGGUUGAGAUGGUUUGUAUCAGCAACCUUGACCUGCUGGCCAUUGCCUCCACCAAACCUGACAUUGACUUCUAUGAGACCCGUACCAGGAAUUAUAACAUGGUGUUCUCCCUGAGCGGCCUGAAAGGAACAGUUGUUGCCAUGGACUACUGGUCUGAUGGGACUAAAGGCAUAUUUUCCAUUGGCGAUUCGAAUGGUUAUGUAACUGUUUUCAUCUCGUGGAAUGUGCUUGAAAAUGGGCUUUUCAACAGCAGGACCUCUGCUGUACACAAAGGCUGGUGUGAGAAAGUCCGUUUCCUGUCACUUCUUAAUGCUGUGGCCAGCUGCAGUGCUUGUGAGGAAACUGCACUGGCGCUCACAUCCAUACCAAACCUCAAUGAAAUUGAGAGCAAAUCAAAAUUUUGUCACUCAUCCUUCCGGUUUAGGAAGGGUUUGAAGUGUUUUGACUACUCUCCAGAGUUAAAUAUCUUUGCUGGUGGUGGGCGAGACUGCACAGUCUUCACUUGGGAUCCCCAUUCAUUUUCCCCAUCUUGCCUGCGGGGACACCCCACACCCAUCAGUCAUAUUGUCAUCAAUGGCCAAGACAACAGAGUCAUCAGUGUGUCAGUAGACAAGAAUGUGCGGGUGUGGGACUUGCACAGACAUGAAUGUGUGCAGAAUAUUCCCCCUAGAGAUAUUGAUCUGGGCCGUGGUCCUAUCUCCAUUGUUUGCUACAACUAUUACACCAAAACACUGAUAAUGGCCACUCAUAAGUUCGGGCUUCUCAGCCAUGACAUGGAUGGACAGCUUCACACAAAGACAUCACAUGAAAAGGGCCUGUGUGCUGCUCUCUAUAACAGCAAUUUUCAACAGGUGGUGAGUGGGUGUCACAAAGGUGUUGUGAAAGUCUGGGAUAUUGAGACAGGAAAAAAAAUUACACAGUUUCAAACAUCUCCUGAAGAAUGUGUGGAAGUGACAGCCAUGUCCUUUGACCCACCCAAACGCCGUUUGAUCACAGGCUGCUAUGAUGGGAAGAUAAGACUGUGGAACUUUAACAAUGGGGAGCUGCUGCUCACACUACCUGUGACUGAUCCGAGUGAGAUAACAGGUAUUCAGUGUAUCAAGCACAGGAUCUUUGUGUCUGGUUGGAGCAAACGUGUUGUAUGUUACUUAGAUGAAAAGGAUGGAGAGAUGACGCGAUAUAGUAUAUGGAACCAGUACCACUGUGAAGAUAUUGUCACAAUGCAUGCAUAUGGUGACAAGAUGCUUGCCACUGCCUGCCGCAACGGUGACAUCAACCUGUGGAACAUGAGAACCAGUCAAGCCACUGCCUGUGAGAGCGGACGAAUCUCCCUACGAUUCAAUGCCAGUGAGAGCCAUCGCCCACAAGAACCUAAUCAGGAUAGCCCACAUCAGACAGGAAUUGUACAAACCGAGGAGAAAAUUCCAAAACCUGGACCUGGCAGGGCAGAGAUGGAGAAGAGACCAAAAGUGGCUGUGACAAAGGUUUUGUUCCUGGGCACUAGAGAGAUAGGUGUGGACACUGCCACUUUGCUGACCAGUGACCUCAGUGGGUACAUACAUGCCUGGUCCACGCUGGAGCAAGGCGGUCUGCUGGCAAGAUUUAUUGGGGUACAUAGAGAAAACAUGGCCGUCACCUCAAUGUCAACUGAUCAGAGGGAAGAAGUACUUCUGACCGGAGACUCCUGUGGUUUUAUCACACUGUGGGACAUUGAGAAUUACUGUUACUGCAUGCAUGGGGUGGGAAAGAGGCCCCCACAGCCAGAAGACAGGCUCCACCUUGCCAGCCUCAUUCCCAGUCACUUUGAUCAAAUGAAGCCGAAACCCAGAUAUGCGGAAAUCGAAGGCUGGAAAAUCUAUCUCACCCCACCCCCUAUCCUGGGCAUAUGGCGUUGUCACCAAAGUAAUAUUGUCAGUGUGGAAUAUGUGGAAUGUUACCGUCUCAUCUUAACGGCAAGCUUAGACUUUAACGUUCGACUCUGGACGCUUACUGGUAGCUACAUAGUUCCACCAGAGGACCUCAAGAAGGGGGACUGCAGGCGGACUGUAGAGGAGAAAACGUGA